GUUACAUCGGUUCUCUUCGCGUAAGAACGAGCCACAAGGAUCACCUGCGAAUCACCUCUCGUCGGGACACCUCUUCUCAACCAGAAAAAACGGAGUAUCACCCGUCGAGUGGUCGCAGAACGAUCGGCGUUUAACCAACCAUGGCGACACCACAGGCUUCAUCGCGACUCGAAUUAUUGCAGGCUCGCUUCCAGCAGAAGCAGCUACAAGAGAAGGAGCAGAAGUUGUUGCAGCUUUACGACCAACAACAACAACGAGCUUAUCAGGUGGUGCAACGUGGUAGCGCCGGUUCCAAUGGGUCUAAUCAUGGUUCCUCGAUCAACCAGCAUACCGUCACAAAAACCACGACCACCAGCCACACAACCUCGACCUCGCACGGUGGAAAGGUGAGGCAGAUGUUCGACGAGAGACGACAGACAACCGUGAAGGGCAUCGACAGAAGCUACCCACUGGAGCCGCUGGAGAACAAACCGCGGAAGCAAACGAACGGAAACGUCGCGCAGAAGAACGGAAAUUUGACGGUGAACCGACAAUCCGUGACUGUAAAGCGAGUGGCUCGAGCUGACGUGAACAGCAAUUUGAAUGGUGGCAAACCGAUAGUCUCGUAUCACGAAGAGAUCACUCGAGAAUCGUACGGCCCUGCCGGACGCCAACAAUCUGACGACGAUGAGUUCGGAAACGAGAAUCAUAUUAAUCAAUAUGCGAAUGGGAAUCAGGCACACAUCGAGGAAGCGUUGGACGAAGACACGAUCGAGAGAAACCGCAUGAUGGCGAAGCUUCACCUAAUGGAGUACGACGACACGCUGAAACAUCGCGUAAAAAAUGACCUUGAGAGCGAAGAAUUCCCUUCGGAGUAUAUGGUGGACGUCCCCGAUAAGCUUCCAAAACGAAGUGUUACCAAAAAAUUGUCUCAAGCUGAGGCUAGAUUGGAACGCUUUAAAAACGCCAACGCAAAACGAAGCAACAGCAUUACGAAGAAUCCAGGCACCGUUCUGAAGAAACGAUCGGAUCCGAUACUCCCGGCAAAAUCUACUUCCAGCGAGCAUCGAGGCAAGACGAGGACUCGCCAGAUUUUUGACAGAGGAUCGACUCGCAGAGGUUCACACGUUCAGAACGUAAAGUGUGUGUCCCUAGAAAAUGUGGAUAAGUUGAGUCCUAGCAGGAAUUUGAAGGAUGAGGAUAAUAGGGUGUACUAUAAAGAGGGCGAAAUGCUGAUGAGCUCUGAAAUUGAUGAGAUGAGAACGAGAGGGCGGAGCGAGAGUCCGAAAGUCUUUCGCGAAGAAUCCGCUAAGUCUGCGAAGGAUGCUAAAUAUAGGGAGAAAUUAUCUCCGGAGUUUUCAAAGAAUAUACGACGGAGUGAGAGUCCAAGUUUCGAUUCGAACACUGCAGGAAAAUCGACAGAUCUAUUAUUUUUGAGAGACAGGGCGAAACGUAGUGGCAGUCCAAAAUUCUUUUGUGAGGAAUCUGAAAAGUCUGCUACUACUUAUGCGAUAGAUUCGAGAACUAGGGAGAAAUUUUCACCAGAGUUCUCUAAGAAUAUUAAGAAACGAAGUGAGAGUCCAAACAUUAUGGAGAAGUCACAGGAAUUUUCGAAAGAUAUUAAAAAACGAUGUGAGAGUCCAAAAUAUUUCUGUAAGGAAUCUGAAAAGUCAGCUACUUAUACGAUAGAUGCAAGAACUAGGGAAAAAUUGUCACCAGAAUUUUCGAGAGAUAUGAAGCAAAGAGAAAGUCCAAAAACUGUGGAUAGAUUAGCUUCUCUAUUUUCAAAAGAUAUUAGAAAACGAAGUGAGAGUCCAAAAUACUUUUGUGAAGAGUCUGAAAAGUCUGCUACGACUUACGCGAUAGAUUCGAAAACUAGAGAUAAAUUAUCUCCAGAAUUUUCGAAAGAUACAAAACACGGAAAAAGUAAAAAAUCUUUUGAUUCAGAAGCUUCUAAAAAAUCGACAUAUGAAUUAUUGAAAGACAGAAUAAAACGAAGUGGGAGUCCAAAAUAUUUUUGUAGAGAGCCUGAGAAAUCUGCUACUACUUAUGCAUUAGAUUCAAAAACUAGGGGUAAAUUAUCCCCGGAAAAUUCAAAAAAUGUUCAACGACGUAGUGAUAGUCCAGACACUACAGAAAUGUUUCCCCAGCUUUCGAAAAAUGUUAAAAAACGAAGUGACAGUCCAAAAUUCUUUUGUGAAGAAUCUGAAAAGUCUGCUACUACUUAUGCAAUAGAUUCAAGAACUAGGGAAAAAUUUUCACCAGAUUUCUCCAGAAAUAUUAAGAAACGAAGUGAGAGUCCAAACACUAUGGAAAAAUCACCCCAAUUUUCGAAAGACAUUAAAAAACGAAGUGUGAGUCCGAAAUUCUUUUGCAAGGAAUCUGAGAAGUCUGCUACCACUUAUGCAAUAGAUUCGAAAACUAGAGAAAAAUUAUCCCCAGAUUUCUCGACAAAUAUUCAGCGACGAAGCGAGAGUCCAGUUAUGCAAAACUUGUCUCAGAUUUCGAAAAAUAUUGUGAAAAGAAGCGAAAGUCCAAAAUAUUUCUGCAAGGAAUCUGAGAAAUCUGCCACCACUUACGCUAUAGCUUCAAAAACUAGGGAGAAAUUGUCUCCGGAAUUUUUAGAGGAUAUAAAGAAACGAAGCGAGAGUCCCAGUUCUUAUUUCAAGGAGUCUGAAAAAUUGGCAAGGACGAUAGAUUCAAAAAGUGCGAGACAAUCUUCCAAAUCUCAAAUGAAAGAUAAACGAAGUGAAAGUCCAAAAUACUUUUGUAGAGAAACCGAGAAAUCUGCGACUACGUACGCAAUCGACACAAGAAGUCGAUCAACAACUCCCGAUUUCAUAAAAAUAGAAGUACACAGAAAAAACAUGUCUCCAAGAAAGUACCCAAGAAUAGAAACCGAAGUGGAUAAAAAAUCAACUAGUAAAAUGCCCAACGUUUUCGAACGUCUGACAAGAGAACGCAGUGCGAGUCCCAAAGUGCAAACAUCUACAAGAAUCAAAAGCUCGAAAUCUCCGGACUAUAAGAAAGUUCCUCAGAAACGCAACGAGAAUCCUGAAACUAAAUCGAAGUCACCGUCCAUGAAAAAGCUCGAUGGAAGAUCCAGCACGAGUCCACAAUUUUUCGGCUCAGAUUCUGAGAGAUCCGCGACGAUCAUGGUGGUAACUCCAGAAACGAUCCUGAAGAAGAAACCUGAAUCGAAGAAACAGUAUUCGAAAACUUAUGAAGCUAUUAUUGGGCCAAAGAGAACAAUGUCCGAAGAGAUCGUGGACGCAAGCUCUAAACAAAGUAUACGGAGCUCCGUAUCGCGCUUCUUUACUGAACAAUGCGAAAAAGCGUCGAGAAAGUUGGAAGCUGGAGAAGAGAACAGCGUUCAAUCAGCGGUAACGGAUAAGAACCGUUGGUCGCGUGAUUCGUCUCCAUUGUCGCUAAAAGACAUGAGAGCCAGUCCACAAUUUUCUGGGAAACCUAUCUCGGCGACAAGUAUCGAUAGCGUCCGUGACUGGUCACCUAAAUCGAGGAGAAACAGUAUAAGUCCCGAACCAGGCAACAGAGUUAAACCAAAAAGCAGCGAUUCGAUGCGAUCUAAGCAAGUAUUUGUCAAAAAAUCAAAGAGUGACAACGUUAAAGCCGCUAAUAAAAUGGCCGAUCGAGUGGUUGGCAACGUUUUGCGAUCGACGAGGUUGAUUCGUGACGCCAUAAACCAAAGUAACAGAUCUUACGGGGACGAUGUGAACAGAUGUGAGAAUAAAUACGGAGUGGAUAAAAAUGCUGUAGAAACGGUUGAUUCGGGUUUAAAACUUGAAAUGGAGGAUGGAAAGGACGAAAUGCAAGUUGAAAGAUCGAGGACACCAUCUCGAAUGUUUAAAUUUCCCGCUGCGGAAUCCAGUCCGAAGAGUUCCACGUCCAUGGAGGUGGACGCGGAGAUUCAGGAAAUCACGAUGUCCGAUCAAUACAUAGAGCCCCGAGAGGUUAGGUCGAAAUCGCGUGAUAAGACACCGGACUGCGGAAGAUCGAGCACGAAGAAGCUUUUCACGUAUUCUGUGCGCAAACCUGCCAGGAAGAGAUCUCUUUUCGAUUCGAACGUUUUCGAGCUAUCGAAGAAAGAUCAAGGGAAGACAGAUCGUCGGGAAACAUCCGGGCGAAAGGAACGCGUUAGCGAUACUCUAAAAAGCACGAGAAGUCCUUCGGCGGAUAGUUUGACCUUUCGUGACUCUAAAUGCGCUGCGGAGGAAAAUGAGAAUACGAAAAGUACGAUGGAAGAUUUAAGAGUUAAAGGGGAAUAUGAUCAUUUUGAAGGUACAAAACGAAAUUGGAGUAGUCUUUCGAGUGAUUUGACCUUUCACAGUUCUAAAAGUCCAAUUGAAGAAAAUGAAGCAAUUAGAAAAGUCGAGAGUGGUUCAAGGUCGUCGGAAAUAAAGGUUCUUGACGAAUCUAGAAGACGGAAAGGUGAUGGUACACAGCGAAAUUGGGAAACUCCAAGUUUAACCUCUCGUGGCGAUAAACCAAUUAAAAAAAGUGAAGUAAAUCGAAAAACUGAAAUUAGAGGCUUGUCGCCGGAGAAAAAAGUUCGUGAGUAUCAAAUAAAGAAAGAUAAUUUUAAACGAGGAGAGAAAAACUGGUCAAAUAGUCCUUCUCCUACGAAUAUGACUUUUCGUGGCUUCAGACGUUCGUCUGAGGAAAUAAAAAUUAAAACUGGAGUCUCGAGGUCUCCAGAAGGAAUAGUUGAUAAAGAACAUUUAUCGAGUAGCCCUUCCCCAACUAAUAGUUCCUUCCGUGACUCAAAACCGGAACUAAAUAAGAAUAUGAAAAUGAAGCAAGAAAUCAAGGUCGAAAUUUCACAGCAAAGAGUCCCUGAUAAGCGUAACGAAAGAAUUGGUAAUUUUGAACGUAGACAGCGAAGUUGGUCUAGUAGUCCUUCUCCAACAAGUAACUUGGUCCGUGAUUCGAAAAAUAUUACGAAGAAAGAUAAAGCCACUUUUCAAUCUCGAGAACGAAAAACGAACGUUAAUCGGUCGAAGAAGGUAGAGCGUAAACAUUCGAUUCGAAGCAAGUCCAGUGAUUCCAUAAAACGAAGAGUAUCCGAGUCAUCUGUGAAUCGAAGGAACGAAAUAAGAGAAAAGGCUGUCAGUUCAAAAUCACCUGAAAUGUCUAAAGAUUCUCAAAUCUUACGAUCUAUGGAACUCGUUCGAAGAAUCAUCAAAGGCGGAGUCUUGCAGCAGGAAGAAACGAUUAAAACAGCAAUUUCCGACGAAACCGUAGGAAAUAAGGAGACAGAGGUAAAGAAAAGUGAUUCUGCUAGAACGAUGAAGAUUGAAACGAGAAAAUCAAGCUCCACGAUUGUUUACCUAAACGAUGAAUCGUCUUCGAGUAAGAACUACGAAAGAACGGACUCUGUGGAAUCCGCGCUUAGACGUUUCGAUUCCAUCGGCACGGAGUCCGUUCAAAGCAUAACAGGGAAAAGACAAACCGUCGAGGAAUCGAGGAACGAUUCGAAGGCUAUUUCUCUGAAAGCCCUCGAUCAAAUCGAUGCAAAUCUUCCUCAAAGUCUUAUGAACGAAUCUCUGAAGAGAACCUCGGUUUCUGGGAAAACGAACAAAAACGAGUUUGAGACUCGACGCCAGAGGAAGUCUGCGAAAACGAAGGACUCCAUGGAGGUCGUUCGAAUCGUGGGGUCAAAAUCGCCCACUUGUAAGAGGAAACUGUUCCCGGACGAUGAAGAGGCUGCGAGUGGCAAAUCGAGACACUCGGGUUCGAAAAUUAGCGAAAGAGCUUCGGAAAAAUCUAAUUCGAAGAUUGGAUCGAGAUGUUUGGAAACUUUCGUAGGAGAUACGUUGAGAAAUGAAACUCGCGAAGUGUCAACAGGUGUAUCGCCCUCUUUGUCCGUGAAACAGUUGAGGUCGAUCGAGGAUAUUCGGAAGUCGAUCGAUUCGCUGGAAAGAACGUCCAAGUCAGCGAUCGCGAAUGAAACCAUGAAACGUUCGGACGCGGCACAAUCGAAACGAUUGGCGUCGCGACGAACGGACGUUGGAAAUAAAAAAGAGAUGAUUUUGCCGGGGCGAUCAGAGAAUUUUACCGCGAAGAAAGACGCUUUAGGCGAUCAAGAACGGUCCUCUAUAAAGUGUGCAAUGCGUUUCUCCAGGGUAACAAAGAGUCCAAGUCCGGAUUCGACGAAAACGACGGAAAGCAGCAGCCGUGCGAGAAGAAACGUCCUCACGUCGCCGUCGAAGAGUCCUGACACUGCGGCGAGGCGUCCGUCUACCGAGUUGAAAGCUCAAGAAGCAAGAUCGACGAAACGACCAACGCUUAUGAAAGGCACGGAGCCAAUUGGAAACAGGAAGACGGCGACGAGUACGAGUACGAGUACGAGAAAAUCGACGGAUGUCGUCGAUGGUGCUAUUCUCGAGAAUGGUGUGCAUUUACGGGACCAAACUGCCGAAACGAAAUACGAUAACGACUCGUCUGCGACGAAGAAGAGCGACGCUUUUGUCAUCGACUUCGACGAGCAACCGCCGAAAGAAAACGAUGCUCCAGUUCCGAGGAAAUCGCUGUUGAGAAAACACUCUACCGACAAACAAAUACCUUCCACUCAGGCUGGUCGACCCCCGUCGUCAGUUUCGUCCAUUUCCAGCGGUAGUUCCAUGCCGAUUCAAGUUUCCGGUUCCAAAGGAAAAAUGGCGUCAAAGACGAAAACCCCUUCCGCAUCUUCGCACAGAGGAUCAGCUAGCUCUAAAAGUGGAGGCUGUGCGGUCGUCGCCGACUCUCUUGUUCCCUGUAAAAUGUGCGGUCGUCGUUUCGCUUCGGACCGGGUGGCCCUUCACGAACAAAUUUGCACGAAGACAACGCAAAAGAAAAGAAAACAAUUCGAUACGAUGAUGUAUCGCGUUAAAGGCACGGACCUCGAACCAUUUGUUAAAAAGGGACUCUGUAAAAAGCAGCCCGAGAAAUCAAAGAAACCGGAACCGAAAUCGAAUUGGCGGCGCAAACACGAGGACUUCAUUAACGCCAUACGAUCGGCGAAGCAGGUGCAAGCCCAUCUAGCUGCAGGAGGCAAACUCAGCGAUUUACCACCGCCACCAGCCAGCGACACCAGUGAUUACAUUCAGUGUCCUCAUUGCGGAAGAAAAUUCAAUCAAUCCGCCGCUGAGCGUCACAUUCCUAAAUGCGAACACAUGUUACACAAUAAGCCGGUACACUCGCGAGCACCGAAACCUAAGCGUUAAUCAUCGUUGCCGAGAAAUAUUCUUUCUUUUUUUUUAUGCGUCGAUCGAAAACGAUAUAAAAUCUAACGAGAAAGAAGCUUUCAAACGAAUAUUAAAACGGUGAUUAUUUCGAAUGAUCAUAAAGAUCUUCAUCCGAGCGAUUAUACAGCUACUAAUAAUUUUGUAGAAAAUCUGUUCAUAAUGUCUUGUUCGCGAUCGAUACAUAUUUUGAAGCAAUUUUUGUACGUCAUUUUUCAUAGCUGCAAGGAUAGUAUAAUGAUUUACAACUGCAAUUUGACCAAAGUUCUUGUAUGUGCUUUUUAAACGAAUGUAUUUUCCGAUUACCUUACAAUAAACACGAAUUUUGUCUAUAUAUUGUAUUAUAUGUAUCCAGCGAAAUGGACUUAUGAAAUUUUUAUAUACAGGCCUGAAUUAACCAGUAAGCGAAAUAGUGCUUGGGAAAGGCGGAGAGAUUCCAUGGAAGUUCCGUUGCUGAAUUUUCCAUGGACCAUAUCUCACAAUGUACCAAAACGUCAAAAUCAAAAAAUCUUAAAUUUCUUAAAUUUCGAAAGUUCAAACUGUGAAAUCCCCGAUGUUCUAAAAUUUUUAAAUUCAGAAAUUUUGUAAUGUAAAAAUAUCCAAAAUUCCCAAAACCCAAAAUCUCAAAG